UAGAUUUAAAAAUAAUUUUGUAUUUAAACAGUUCAACGAAAAUUGAUCGUUAUCCACACUGAGGAGAGUUCCGUAGAUGUUUGGUUUGGAUCGUUAAAAGGUUUCUUAAUUGUAUUUAAGUAACACGAAAUGGCAAACAUAAUCAUACAAAAUGUUCGCCACCAGCAUGCCGGAGCUAAUACAGUAUACCAUGCCUUAUAUGGUCAUUAUUUCUUAGGUAUCUCCAGAAAACAUUUGGCUAUUCUUUAUGGGAAAUCUCAAUCCACCAUACAUGAAUGGUGCAGCAAAUUUGAGAGAGAAGGUUUCUUUCAGCGGAAGCAACGUCAGCAGAUUUUUAAAAAAUUUGGGACGGAAAUGCGAGCUUGGCUGAUUGAACUCUAUCGCAGGGAACCAGUAUUAUUUUUAGAUGAAGCAAAGUAUCGAUUCCAGGAAAAAUUUCAUAAAACGAUCAGUGUAUCAUCCGUUUGCGCGAUCAUCCAUGAAGCAGGUUUUUCAUGGAAGACCAUCGAGAGAAGGGCUAUUCAAAUUCGGGAGGAAGAGAUCGUAAGGUUUGUGAGAGAAUUGCUUUCGAUACCAUGGGAUUUGUAUAAUCUCGUUUUCCUGGACGAAGUUAGCUUCGAUAACAGGGACAUGUUGCGGAAAAAGGGAUAUGGAGUAAUAGGACGCAAAAUAAUUUUUCGUGGUGAAUUUUGUAGAAAACCACGAGUUUCAUUUUUGUGCUUCCUAGGUAUCAAUGGAAUGAUUGAUAGCUUUUGGACUGAAGGAACGUAUAAUCGGGUGAAAUUUUUCGAUUGUUGUCGCAAUUUUGCUAAAAAUAAUCCGCAAGUGCAAAGCUAUCCAGGAUUCCAUUCAGUAUGGAUACUCGACGGUGCAAGGAUUCAUUGUGACGCCAAUAUUAUUCGGUACCUUCGAUCAAUCGGUAUUAUUCCUAUCUUCCUUCCAGCAUACUGUCCGUUUUUCAAUCCGAUUGAAAUUAUUUUCGGGUUGAUCAAAAAAGAUCUACGGCGUAAUUAUCGCGAAGGUUCACCAAUUUUAACAGAAGUGUGUGAAGCAAUAAAUCGAUUCAAAAUCUACCCAUGCUCCAAAAUAUUCAAACAUUGUGGUUAUCUUGCUGGUGGAGUGUUCUUUCCAGAAUUAGGACUUGAUCAGUCACCCGAAAGCAUGGAUUUUAAUAUCACUCCAGAAUAAUCCAU